GUAAAAUUUUCUCGCAACCGUGGUGAUAUGUGUAGCACAUACCUGAAACGUCAACGGUACACCCCAACACUUUCUUCGUAGCGGUAUUAAUGGCCACAGGCAUCGCGGUUACGCUGACCCCAACGUUUUCUUCAUUCACACGCCCCACGCGCUUUUUCCCAGCCACUGCUAAGUUUCCACUUCGUCUUCAAGCAUCUUCUUCUACGGCUUUCAUUGACACUACCAAUCAAACAGAUUCCGUCGCAGUUACUCGGAGCAGCAACCCUUUGGCUUGUCCCAUAUGUUAUAACUCGUUGAUAUGGAUCACUGAUCCUGGUUUAUCCGUAGAUACUAUACCUAGAUCUAGUUUACAAUGUAGCACUUGUCAGAAAACAUAUAAUGGUAACCAAACGCAUCUUGAUCUCACAGUAACAAGUGGUGCUAAGAGCUAUGGUGAAUCCAUGCCAGCUUCCACAGAGCUUUUCAGGAUGCCGUUGAUAUCAUUUCUCUAUGAGAGGGGCUGGCGUCAAACCUUUUCUGUAUGGGGUGGUUUUCCAGGUCCUGAAAAAGAGUUUGAACUGAUGAAGAGUUUCCUGAAACCAGUAUUGGGGGGAAAUAUCAUCGACGCUAGUUGUGGAAGUGGAUUAUUUUCAAGAUUAUUUGCAAAAAGUGGGCUGUUUUCUUCGGUUGUGGCUCUGGACUACUCAGAGAACAUGUUGAGGCAAUGUUACGAGUUCAUUCAGCAGGAAAAUAACUUUCCAAAAGAGAACUUCAACUUGGUUAGAGCAGACAUAGCUAGACUCCCUUUUGUUUCAAGUUCUGUUGAUGCUGUGCAUGCAGGAGCAGCUCUCCACUGUUGGCCUUCACCAUCAGCAGCUGUAGCUGAAAUAAGUCGUGUUUUACGACCUGGAGGUGUCUUUGUUGCAACCACCUACAUACUUGACGGGCCUUUUACUCCUGUCCCAUUUUUAAGUACACUGCGUCAGAAUAUAAGGCAAGUAUCUGGGAGCUAUAUCUUUCUCUCUGAACGUGAACUUGAAGCUCUCUGCAAAGCGUGUGGGUUGGUUGGGUUUAAAUGCAUUAGAAAUGGGCUUUUUGUGAUGAUUUCUGCUACAAAGCCUAAAUAAGAUUUCUCGCAUACCAUGAGUUGGGAAGAUCAGCACUUCACACAGAAAAAGUGGUGAGUUUCGGAUAGUGAAAUGAGUGUCCAUUCAUGAUGAUGUGUGGUAAAAUUUUAUCUGUAAUUAUCACAGUACCUCCAUUUAAUCCUUUCCAUUUGAUGUAUCAUAUAAUUCAUCGCAUCUCUGUUACUAGUAUUUGGAGUAAUAAGAAUAUGCUUUAUCAUUCAACUAAUUAAA